AACAAGAAGAGUCUUAAGAAAAAUAUUCAUGAGAAUAAAGAGGAAAAAACACGUGCUUCAACAAGAAACACAGAUUUCCUUCAAUCACCAAAAGUCAAUUUCAUUCAUCCCCACAUCACAAAUCUUAUACGGAAUCAAAGCACAGAACCAAUAGUAGAUUCUACAAUAUUCCACUCUUACAUGGGACAAGCAACACAAAUUUCACAAUAAGCAGAGAACAGUCCUCAAUGAACACUUUAAAUGAACUCAAAACAACCUUAGCAAAAACAAUCAAAGAACAAAAAGAAGAGGAAAUUCAAAAAGGAAGCAACUUUGCUGUCCCUUUAAUUUAUCAUCUGAAAUGCUCACCAUUGAUUUGAGCAGAACACCUCUAUGUGUUACCCUUUUGCCUCCUUUUCAACAAGGACUCAAGAUUCAAUUUUCCCUUUCAAAUUCAUCUGUUAAUUCGUUUCUGUAUAGUUUUAAACCCAAACGGUUUCAUUUCUUGAAACCAUGUUCUUCACUAAGGGAAACCAAGAAACAGCAAACCCUUUUGAAAACACCAAAUAAAUCUCCUCAGAGCUUCAGGAAGCUGCUUAAUUUGAACCCCAAAAAUGAGGAUGAUGAUUAUGAGAGUGAGAGUGAGAGGGAUAGUGGAUUAGGAAAUGAUGAUAAUUCUGCUAUUAAAGGUACCAUUUUGGCUGGUCUUUUGAUUGUGGGUGUGGUUGGUGGAUUUGGAACUGUUGGGUACUUAUACAAGGAACAGAUCAAUGCUUUCUUGAACCAGUUUUCUGGCUUUAUUGAAGGUUAUGGAGCAUCUGGAUACGCUCUCUUCAUUGCAGUUUAUGCUGGGUUAGAAAUCCUUGCAAUACCCGCCAUUCCAUUGACGAUGUCAGCUGGUCUUUUAUUCGGCUCCAUAACUGGAACCAUCAUUGUUUCCAUUAGUGGAACGGUGGCUGCUAGUGUAGCGUUCUUGAUUGCCAGAUAUUUUGCUCGUGAACGUAUUCUUAAGCUGGUAGAAGGGAACAAGAAAUUUCUUGCAAUUGACAAAGCAAUUGGAGAAAAUGGUUUCAAAGUUGUUACCCUUCUCCGUUUGAGCCCUUUGCUUCCUUUUUCUCUUGGGAAUUAUCUGUAUGGUCUGACUUCGGUCAAGUUUGUGCCAUACGUUUUAGGAAGUUGGCUAGGAAUGCUUCCUGGAACAUGGGCAUACGUGAGUGCAGGUGCAUUUGGCCGCGCAUUUAUUCAAGAGGAAUCUGAAAUUGGUCUAGGAGGAGGAAACCAACAGCUAUUGACCCUUGGAAUAGGUUUAUUGUUUACAGCAGUUGCUGCAGCCUAUGUAACACGGCUUGCAAAGGAUGCUAUGAAGGAUAUCGAGUAGACAGCAGAAUUACUUUUACCUUAACCAAUUACAGUUUAUGUGCUCUUUAUGAACAUGCAUAACCGGCUCGUGUAAGUUGAGAUGUACAUAGUGAAUAAAAUCAAGUGCUCUAUCUUUAACCACAGCCCAGUUUUGGUUGGAA